CGCUGACAACCAUACAAGUCACCGUGUUGCCAUUGGAUAGCAUGGAAUUAAACCUUCUUCAGUGUAUAUGUUUUGUGGCUUGCAGUAUAUAUGUUUUGUGCGGCUUGCUAUAGACCAAAUAAAUCGCUUUGUCAAAUUGAAAUUUGUACGAUUUUCAAAUUAUCAUAAUUUCUUGACCAUGUCUCUUAUUUUUAGAUUAGCAGGUGCUGGAAGCAGAUUGAGCCCCAACAUCGGCUCCCAUUUCAUGAGACACGACAAAAGUGGCCUUAUAUCAUUCAUACGCCCCGUUACGUUAAAAGCGCAGCCUGCACAGCCACCUAAAGAAGAAGGACAUGACGAACGUAACAUGAGACUGAAGAGACCACAGUCUCCACAUUUGACUAUUUAUGCACCACAGCUCACUAGCAUGCUGUCGAUUUCACAUAGGUUGUCAGGUAUGGCACUGUCUGCUUAUGUGAUAGCUUUGGGCAUAGGAGCUAUUGUGCUACCUGAAUCAAUUCCUGAUUAUAUUGAGAAAUUGGAAUGCUUGGAAAUAGGGACAGUGGGCAUAAGUAUUGUCAAGUUCAUGUUAGCAUUCCCUCUUUCCUACCACUUUUGGAAUGGAAUUCGCCAUUUGAUCUGGGACACAGGCAGAUUUUUGACUAUCAAGGAUGUAUACAUUACUGGUUACAUCAUGUUGGCAUUAGCUGUUGCUACAGCAAUUGCUCUGACCAUGAUCUGCAUACCCUCUGAAGAAAAACCCCAGCAACAGUAAAUUACACAAAAUUUAAUUUAAUGGUUUUGUUUGUAAAUAUUUAUUUGAAUAAAAUUCGGUCGUUAUUUUUUUAUGGUAAUAUUUUUUUAUUGCUAGAAAAAGUACAUAGAUAUUUAAAACUAGACAUUUCAGGAUUCACCUCAGGAAUAAAUAUUUUGGUUAACUGUC